CCCCAAACCAAUAAAAAGAGCAAAAAAUUGGGGAAGGAGCUGCCAAAGAGCCACCGCCUCAAUUGAUGGCGAUAUCGCAACCAUAGUUGAGCUUGACUGCACCACCAACAUAAGUUUAACAGAAGUAAACGUGAAACUCUUGCUGCAUCUAAGCAAUCAUACAAAUUAAAACCCAAAAGAUCCAAGGCCCUUUUUCACACCAAUUUUGUCACAACAAGUUCAUACUCAUUUGUCACAACAAGGUGGCCUACCCAUUUUUUCCUUCAAAAGCUCAACAACAUGGGUCUUCUUCUUUGUAGAGGCUUCCCUUCUUGGUAUUUUCAAACUUUGGAAAAGAAGGCAAGACAAUCAUAUCCAAAGUAGGGUUUAGUGGGUUUUCAUAAAGAAAAAAUAGAGAGAGAAGGGACGCUAACCCAAUUGAGGAUUGAUGGGGAAGAGAGUCAAAAGAUGACAGCAAGAUCCGCCAGCAUUGGUGGGACAUUGCAACUUCUUCUCUACUUCCCAAUUGAGGAUUAAUUAAGGCCACCGGCCUAAUUGAUGGCUAUAUCGCAGCCAUGGUUGAGUUUGAUGGGACUAGCAACAGAGCCUUGCUCCACGACGUACUCAACGGUGUCCUAGCCUUCUCAUGGUGAAGGAGGCAAUCCAUUCUGUUUUCUUCUUCAUAUACAUCGUGUUAGUGUUGAGAGCUGAGUUCUAAAAAAAGACACGAUCAAUGCAAAGUCAACCAAAAUCGAGAUAUACAUGGCUUAUGGCUUGCGAUCGCAAACGCAAAGCACACGAGGCAAGCGCCGCUCACAUUAUCCUUCCUGUGAGGCCGAUCGCACAGUAUAACUACGCUUAGUUUCUUCCCAAGUCUUAAAAGUUAAAACCCUCUAUCGUGUCUUUCAAUCAAACUCUAUUCCUUUUCUCCGAACAACCAUCUCUCGCUCUAAUGGAUAUCGAUUUCAAAGAAUACCAGCUGAGGUGCGAACUUCGAGGCCACGAUGACGAUGUUCGUGGUAUAUGUGUGUGUGGCAAUGGGGGUAUAGCGACAUCAUCAAGGGACCGGACUGUAAGGUUCUGGUCUCUGGAUCCAUCAGAUAGCCGCAAGUACACUUCAUCAAAGAUUCUGUUGGGGCAUACGAGUUUUGUGGGUCCAUUGACUUGGAUUUCACCAAAUGAUGAAUAUCCGGAAGGUCAGAUUGUCUCUGGUGGCAUGGACACACAUGUUUUGGUAUGGGACCUGAGGACUGGGGAGAAAGUGCAGACAUUGAAGGGCCAUAAGUUGCAAGUCACUGGCAUCACAAUUGAUGAUGGGGACAUUGUCUCAUGCUCAGUUGACUGUACUCUUAGGCGGUGGAGGAACGGCCAACCUGUUGAGUUCUGGGAGGCUCACAAGGCGGCCAUCCAAGCUGUUAUAAAGCUUCCAUCAGGCGAGCUCGUUACUGGUUCAAGCGACACAACUUUGAAAAUUUGGAAAGGAAAGACAUGUGUGCAUACUUUUGUUGGACAUACGGAUACAGUGCGAGGCUUGGCAACAGUGCCUGGUUUGGGGAUUCUUUCGGCAUCACAUGAUGGUUCUGUCAGGUUAUGGGCACAAAGUGGUGAAGUAUUAAUGGAGAUGGUUGGUCAUACUUCAAUUGUCUAUUCAGUUGAUGCUCAUGUAUCUGGCCUCAUUGUCAGUAGCAGUGAAGAUUGUUCUGCGAAGAUAUGGAAGGAUGGAAUAUGUGUUCAGAGCAUAGAGCAUCCUGGUUGUGUUUGGGAUGCCAGAUUCUUGGAUACUGGGGAUUUUGUCACAGCAUGUUCAGAUGGAGUUGUACGUAUUUGGACAGUACACAACGAUAAAGUUGCAGAAACCCAAGAACUUGAAUCUUAUGUUUCCCAACUUUCUAGAUACAAGUUAAGCAGGAAGCGGGUCGGGGGAAUGAAGUUGGAUGACUUACCUGGGCUAGAAGCUUUACAAAUUCCAGGAGCCCAUGAUGGACAGACUAAAGUUAUCAGGGAAGGGGACAAUGGUGUUGCAUAUGCUUGGAAUCUGAGAGAACAAAAGUGGGAUAAGAUUGGUGAAGUCAUUGAUGGACCAGAUGAUGGCAUGAAGCGCCCUGUUCUUGACGGUGUUGAAUAUGAUCAUGUAUUUGAUGUCGAUAUUGGAGAUGGAGAGCCUAUCCGUAAGCUUCCUUACAAUCGAUCAGAUAAUCCAUAUGCUACUGCUGACAAGUGGCUUCUUAAGGAGAAUCUUCCCCUUUCUUACCGACAACAGAUUGUAGACUUCAUACUCCAAAAUUCUGGACAAAGCAGUGCUGUAUUCGACCCAUCAUUUCGUGACCCCUUUACUGGCUCAAAUGCAUAUAUACCUGGACAGUUUUCCAAUACAUCUGCUGCCGUUACGGUGAAGCCUUCUUUCAGACAUAUCCCUAAGAAAGGAAUGCUUGUUUUUGAUCUUGCCCAGUUUGAUGGCAUCUUCAAGAAGAUAAUAGAGUUCAACAAUGCUUUGCUAUCUGAGCCGGACAAAAGGAACUUGUCUCUGACUGAGAGUGAGAUAUCCAGACUUGGGUAUGCUGUUAAGAUUUUGAAGGACACAUCACAUUACCAUUCUAGUAGAUUUGCAGAUGCUGACAUUUCGUUAUUACUGAAAUUGGUACAAUCUUGGCCACUUGAAAAGAUAUUUCCAGUGAUUGAUAUUCUGAGAAUGAUUGUUCUACACCCAGAUGGGGCAACUGUAUUUUGCAAGCAUUUUGAAGAUGGGAAUGCAGAUAAACUAAAAGAAAUGAUUAAGAGAAUCACAACGGAUCCUGCUCUUCCUCCAAAUCUUUUAACUAGCAUCCGUCUUGUGACUAAUUUGUUCAAGAAUUCGUGCUACUCCAACUGGCUUCUAAAGCAUCGUAGUGAGAUACUUGAUGCUUUUUCAAGCUGUUAUUCAUCUGGAAACAAGAAUCUGCAGUUGUCUUAUUCCACCUUGAUACUCAAUUAUGGAGUACUAUUAAUUGAUAAGAAGGAUCAAGAGGGUCAAUCUCAAGUUCUUUCUGCAGCUCUUGAGAUUGCGGAAGAAGAAAAUAUGGAAGUUGAUUCAAGAUUCCGAGUUUUAGUUGCCAUUGGAUCACUGAUGUUAGAUGGUCUUGUGAAAAAAAUUGCGUUGGACUUUGAUGUUGCAAAUGUUGCCAAGAUAGCAAAGGCUUCUAAAGAAACCAAGAUUGCUGAAGUUGGAGCUGACAUUGAGUUGCUAGUACAACGAAGUUGAAAAUUUCACAGCCUGGUUCAGUAUCAAUCAUAUUCGAGACAAAACUUUGUUGAUUACACCAGACAUAUUGCAUCAGGGGAAAGGUGCACCUCUAAUUGUAUGCGUAGACUGAUUCAUUCAAAAGGUUGACUGAGCCUGUAGUAUAAUCGUAACGAGCCAUUUGUGGGGUGUUACCUCAUUGAUGGGAGAUACAAAAGGAGGAAAAAAACAACUGCAGAUUACAUCUAGUUACGGUGAUACAUCUUUGUAAAAGCAACGAACAGAUCAAAACCUUUUCUGUUUCUUUUCUGGUUUCAUUUGCUCUACUAGUUUAUUCCCCAGGCCAGCUACUAGUAUGGCGCCUCAUCUGAUUUCCUUAUCUUUGAUUCUGGGUUGGUUCGCCAACAUUUGCCUCCACAGCCUGUAAACACAUUGUACUGAAGUGGUACUCUUUCAAAAUCUGUCGCGCUGGAAAUUAUAGCAUCAAAGAAUCAAGAGAAGUUAUCAUAUUUUGCAUAA